AUGUCUGCGGAUGAAAAUGUACCCGCGGAUGCAAUAGAGCAACAACUUGCGCGGGAUAUGCUCGGUCCUUACGUGGAUGCACCGACCGCCCAACUUCUCUUGCCGCAGGCCCGCCAGAUGCCCCAGGUUGCGUGGCAGAUUAUUAGAAAUGCUCUAGAGCAGAAUCCGCAGGCAAGAGACGAUAUCAAUUGUCUGACGGAACUAUUAGCGACCGGGGGCCAGGUAACCAAUGGUAUCAAUACGGAUCGCGUCGAUACUGUUGCAGUCGCAGAGCCCUCUGAGUUUUCACUAAAGCCUGCCGAAAGGCUUCCAUUGACGGAUGAAUGCCACCACUACACAGGCAAGCACGAGGUCCCCUGGGACAUUCAGAAAUACUUCAGCCAACGGUACUCAAUCUUCUCGUAUUAUGAUAGUGGAGUUCACAUGACCGAUGAUGCUUGGUUUGGUGUUACACCCGAGCCGGUAGCAAACCAAAUCGCGUACGAGUUAUCUGAGGAUCAUUAUGACCCAGAAAAGACCAUUCUCAUCGAUGCGUUUAGCGGUGCUGGAGGCAAUACCAUCGCGUUUGCUCUGUCAGAGCGAUGGAGUCGCAUAAUUGCUAUUGAGCGAGAUCCUGCAACUCUUGCGUGUGCCCAGCACAAUGCCGAAAUCUACGGCGUUGAACCAGGUUCAAUAACUUGGAUUCUCGGUGACAGCUUCGAGUAUCUUGAUCAACUGACCACGAUGGUGUUUGCUAGCCCUCCUUGGGGAGGGCCUGGGUAUAGAACCGAUGAAAUAUUCGAUUUGAGCACUAUGCAGCCAUACAGCCUGAAUCAGCUGCACGAAGCGUAUAAGAAAAUGGAUCAUGUGCUGUUCCUUCCGAGGACAAGCGACAUUCGUCAGAUUGCGAAACUCGCGCCCGAGGGGGAAAAGCUCGAGGUUAUCCAAUACUGCGCAGAAGGGGCCAGCAAGGCCAUGGGCGUCUAUAUCCCAGCAGAAAAACCGCCAGCAUCUAGCGACUAA